AUGGCCGAGAAGCGCAGACUUCCCCCGCGCGAACGCCGCGAACCUGCCAAGAAGCGCCUCUCCGAAGCAACGCCCGCGCCUACGCCGCCAGCCCAAAAAAAGAAGGCUACGCCCAAGGUCCGGCCACCACCCCCGGAGCUUGAAAAGCCGUUGCCUACGAAGAUCAAAGAUGCCGACGGCUUGCCUAUUCUCCGGACGCGCCAGCCGACCACGCUGUCCGAUAAGGAGUACCAGUCCCUCGCCGAGAGUGCGGUGCUCCUCACAUCCCUCGAACGGUCCAAGAAGAAAUGGCUCAGCGAUGGGAUCCUCGUUCGCUACUACACUAAACCCAAGAAGACCAAGCGCGAACAGAUCGCGCAGCGCAAUCCGCCCAAGGAAUCCAUGCUGAAGGUCGGACCAUGCGACGUCACCGUCGGGCCUCAUCUUUUCGAUGCGAUGAUAUACACGGUCAAAGACCCCAACGCGCCGCCGAUGCAGUACGCGCCGCAGCAGCGCCCGAUGGUCCACUACGGCCCUCCCGGGAGCUUCCAACAGUUCCAGCCAUCCUACCCUCCAUCCGCCUACCCGCAGAAACGGCCUCCGUACUCGCCGGCCCCUGCCAAUCGUCCACCACAGGGGUAUCCCGCCAAUCACGCCCAUCCAUCCCAGCAACGCCCACAGCCAUCCUCUCAGGGCGGACAUCGACCACCACAGCAAAACGGGCAGCCCGCCAAACCGAGCCCUGACCCAGUCAUUCAGAUGCUUGCAACCCGAGCAGCAGCCGAUCCCGAACUCAAGGCGUUGAUGCGAGUGGUAGCUUCCAGCCAGGCGACGCAGGAGCAACUCCGCGCUUUUCAGGCACAUAUUGACGAGCUCAAUGCCAUCAUCAAAGCAAGAGAGCAACGGGAACAAAGACAGAGUGGGACUCCUGUUCAGCCGCAGGGGUCGCCGGCACAGUCAACCUCUGGGUCGCAACCUCCGCCGUCUCAGUCGGGACAGAAUACCCCAAGUGAUGUAAACCCACCUGAGAAGCCCUCGCAGCAGCCGAACUCAAAGGCUCAAGCUCCAACUCCGUCUAAGGAACCCGAACAAAAACCAAAAUCCCAAGCGCCACCACCCGCACCUGACUCUAAGCCACAACAGACUCCGAAACCGGCAGAUAAGCCUCAGACUCCAGCGCAAACGCCGUCCACUCAGCCUUCGAAUGGGACUCAAAGUGCCUCUGACUCGACUACCGUCAAGCAAGAACCAGCUGCCGCAGCACCGCCUACAGCAAGUGCUCCUUCCAGCACCCCCGUCUCAGCCACAGGAUCUCAGCAACAGAGUCCCGCGCCAGGGACACCGCAAGGUAAUGUCCAGCAGGCUGGGGCCCGGCCGGGACCACCAUAUCCUCCCCAACAACAAGCUCCACACAGUGGUUCUGCUCCAAUUCAGUCUCGUCCUCCACAGUAUGGCUCACCGAGCCAAUAUUAUCGACCCACGGCUCCAUUGCCACCUCCACGAGUAAACUACAAAGCCAUCGUCUUCGAAUUCACGUCCCCAUUGACCCCAUACGGAAGCAGUACGUCGGGCCAUGCAGGCUCCGGUGACCGUUACCUGUUCCCCGAAUAUUCGAUCUUGGAGUGGAUACCAAGCGAAAACACUGUGCUCGCCUCGUUCUUGGUUGUUCGAAAGGUUGAUCCCAACACACCGUUCCCCCUCGAAACCCCUUCGGAGACCGGCAACAACAAGGGUAAAGGGAAAUCAAAGAAGGGCGAUAAGAAGGGCAAAGGUGCAGAGAAGGACGCGAAUGGCGCUGCCACCCAAGCAACUGCCCCUUCUUCUACGGACACGCCCCAGAAACCCGAUGCGGUGAAGCCGCCAGACAAUAAUAACACAGACACCAAACCUGAACCCGGAACACCAGCUGGCGACUCCAACACGGCCACUACGGCCACCACGCCAAACGAGGCAAACUUGAAAGAAUACUGGCAGCCCGUCACAUUCCGCAUCCACGCCUCGAACCCCAAAAUCUUGGAACCUCUCUCUCGUGUCGUCAAGCCCGCCGACGAAGUCCGCAAGUACAUGAACGAGGUCAUGGACCGCGCUGAGCGCGCUCCAGAUGGAUUCCUCGCUAAUCGACUGCCGCGCGAGAAAGUCGACCCCGCCGUCUUUGCCGAGGAGAACCGUGGCACACCGGUGUCCGGUUCAGCACCCGCUGGUGCUAGUGCUAGUCGCAGCCGUGCUUCUCUUAAUCUUCGGCAUGGUAGUAAAUUGGCUGGUGAGGAGUCCGAGGUUGAUCAAUUCCCUCUUGAGAUGGAGGAGGAGGAAGAGGAGGAGGAUUUGAUGGACUUUUAUGGCGCGCCGGAUGGACUGCCGCCGAUGGGGGCUUGA